GGUUGUGUGGAGAGUUUGAGCAGCAGAAGGUGUGUUACCUGUCCCUGAACAUGUUCCUGCUACGCCCCCUGCAUCGUCUGCUGCACUACAAACUGAUUCUGGAGAGACUCUGCAAACACUACCCCCCACACCAAGACUUCAGAGACAGCAGAGCUGCCCUAGCUGAUGUAUCAGAGAUGGUGCUGCAGCUUCAGGGAACCAUGAUGAAGAUGGAGAACAUCCAGAAGCUUCUAGAACUGAAGAAAGAUCUGACAGGCAUCCAGGACCUGGCUAUACCUGGCAGGGAGUUUAUCAGACUGGGCUGUCUCAGUAAGCUCUCAGGAAAAGGACUACAGCAAAGAAUGUUCUUCCUGUUCAGUGAUUCCCUGGUGUACACCAGCAGAGGUAUGACAGCAGACAACCAGUUCAAAGUUCACGGCCAGCUGCCUCUCUACGGCAUGACAAUCAGGGAGAGUGAGGAUGAGUGGGGAGUUCCUCAUUCCUUCACUCUGUUUGGUCAGCGCCAGUCUGUCGUCGUGGCAGCAAGCUGUGUUUCAGAGAUGGUGAAAUGGAUGGAGGACAUCCUAGACCUGAUAGAACAGAGUAACAGACCUUCUACUGAUCUACUGUCCACCAGUCGAUCAGACCGCAAGUCUCCAGAAGAGGGCGGCGUGGAGGCUGAGUCAGAGGAGGAGCUGAGUGCGUCUCGUAGCUCAUUGGAGCGUCAGUCAGCACAGAGAGGAAACACGAUGGUUCAUGUCUGCUGGCACCGCAACACCUCUGUGUCCAUGGUGGACUUUAGUGUGGCUGUGGAGAACCAGUUAUCAGGUAACCUGCUGAGGAAGUUUAAGAACAGUAAUGGAUGGCAGAAACUCUGGGUGGUCUUCACCAACUUCAGUCUGUUCUUCUACAAGUCACAUCAGGAUGACUACCCUCUGGCCAGCCUCCCGUUGCUAGGCUACUCGUUGACGGUUCCCGCGGAGACAGAGAACAUCCAGAAGGACUACGUUUUCAAGCUCCACUUUAAGUCUCAUGUGUACUACUUCAGAUCAGAGAGCCAGUACACCUUCCAGAGGUGGAUGGAGGUGAUCCGUAGUGCUACCUGUUAAGCUCGUCGACCUCUUGAGCCAGAGGAAGGAUCCUUACUGACCACGGAGCCAGUGAGGACUAGGAGGACACUGACCAACCCUCUUCUAGACGGCUCCUUCCUGUCCUUUAGGCCUCUUCUAGACGGCUCCUUCCUGCCCUUUAGGCCUCUCCUAGACGGCUCCUUCCUGUCCUUUAGGCCUCUUCUAGACGGCUCCUUCCUGUCCUUUAGGCCUCUUCUAGACGGCUCCUUCCUGUCCUUUAGGCCUCUUCUAGACGGCUCCUUCCUGUCCUUUAGGCCUCUUCUAGACGGCUCCUUCCUGCCCUUUAGGCCUCUUCUAGACGGCUCCUUCCUGUCCUUUAGGCCUCUUCUAGACGGCUCCUUCCUGUCCUUUAGGCCUCUCCUAGACGGCUCCUUCCUGUCCUUUAGGCGUCUUCUUUCACCCUGCCCUCUCUUCACCUCUGGAGUACCGGCUCACUUUACUCCAGGUUACUUUACUAACCACCUGUCUGUAUUGUCACGGCGUGGCCCUUUUGGGUGUAUAUCCUCCUUCUCUCUCUCCCACCACAGGUGUUAUUACCUCGGUCAUACUUUCCUUUCUGAAAACUCUCCUCGCUGCCAUGCAGUAUCGAGGGAGAGAGAACAAAGUGCUUCUCUUGCCAAAACUCCUAAUAUCCAAAAUUUGAGUAUUUUAAACAAUAUUUAUAUUUUUGAGAAUGUGGGAAUAGUCCGAAAGAACAAUCAUGUCACGUGUGGUUCAUGGUGAGCUCAUGAAAGACAGGAGACCUUGGUUCAUUUGGUGAGCUCAUGAAAGACAGGAGACUUUGGUUCAUUUGGUGAGCUCAUGAAAGACAGGAGACCUUGGUUCAUUUGGUGAGCUCAUGAAAGACAGGAGACCUUGGUUCAUUUGGUGAGCUCAUGAAAGACAGGAGACCUUGGUUCAUUUGGUGAGCUCAUGAAAGACAGGAGACCUUGGUUCAUUUGGUGAGCUCAUGAAAGACAGGAGACCCACGUGACUGUAUCUCUGUGUUUGGUGAGCUCAUGAAAGACA